AUGGCUGGUACUUCUCAAAACAAAGCUGGGGAUAAUAAUUCUGAUACUAAUCGAAAGUUAAGAACAUUUCUUUCAGAAAUUGAAAGGAAGAAACAUUUUAAACAGUUUGAACAAUCUAGUAGAUCACAAAGUAGUGGAAUGUUUACUGUUUCAACAGUAACUCAUAUUACUGCUGAUACAAAUCAUCCUUUAAUAUCUUUAACAACUCGAGAUGGUGAACGAUAUUUAUUUGGGAAAGUUCCUGAAGGUACUCAAAGAGCUUUGGUUGAAAAUAAAUUUAAAUUAGUUAAACUUAAAUCAAUGUUUAUUACUGGUACUAUAUCUUCAUGGUCAGAAAUUGGAGGAUUACCAGGUUUAUUUUUAACUUUAAGUGAUUCCACAAAGAAAGGUAUAGAUAUAAUAACUGGUUCAUCAUUAUUAUUAUCAUAUGUAGUAAGUUCAUGGAGAAACUUUGUAUUUCGUAAAGGUUGUGAGAUUAAAAUUGAUGAAGCUGAAUCUAAUAAGAUAAUAGGUGAUGAUAAUUUAGCUAUUAAACCAAUUAAAAUACGACCUUCAGUAAUUACUCCUACAAAUUCUCAAGAAAAUAUUUAUAAAAGACAGUUAAAGAAGUUAGCAUCUUUAAUGUUUCCUCGUGAUACUUCUGCAAUAAAUGAUAGUGAUCCUGAUUCCUAUAAAGUUGACCCAACUGAAUCAGAUAUUCAUUAUCGAGUUGAAUUACCAUUUAUUAAUCUGUCUAAUCAAGAGGCUGUAUCUUAUUUGAUUCGAUUCCUUCCAAUGAGAGGUAAAUUUGAUCCUCAAAAGGCUAAAGCUUUGGGUCUUACUCCUGGUGCAGAUUUUCGUAAAUUGAGUAAUGGUAUUGCUGUACAUAAUUCAGAAGGAAUAUUAGUAACUCCAGAACAAGUCCUUGAUCCUUCAAAUCACUUCGCUAAAAUGUUAGUAUUAGAUAUCCCAAAUAAUUCAUAUUUACAAAAUACCAUCACAAGUUCAGAUUGGUUCUUAAAGGAUGAUAAUGUAGGACAUGAAGAUAUUGGGAUUGUUUAUCAUUUCCUUGGAGAAGAUAUAGAUUUAGAUAAUUAUCACUUUAUGGAUAAAUUUCCUCCAGAAACAAAACAUAUCAUUUGUCAUCCCAAAUUAUCAUCCAAUACUUUAGUAUUUAGGAGAUCAGCUAUAAAUACUAUGAAAUUAAAAACAGUUCUUCCUAAUAAUUUCAAUUUACCUCAUUUUGAAAAAAAAGGUUCAAUUGAAUUAGAGAAUACCAACACCUUUAAACUUCAUUCUCUUCAAAAGUUUAUAAUUACUGCAACUGGUAUCAGUACAGAUUUUGAAGAUAUACAGAAUAAUACAUGGCCAUCGCUUUACGAAGAAGAAAUUGUUCCAUUAAAUCUUCCUGUACCAAGAGAUGUGGUUAUUAAUGAACAACCAGCCCCCUUGAAUUAUGAAUCUGGUUCAUUAAAGGAUAAUAUUCAUAUUACAAGUCUUGGGACCGGAUCUGCAAUUCCAUCAUUAUAUCGUAAUGUAAUUUCAACUUUAAUAAGAAUACCAUAUAAGAAGUCUAAUGGAAUUGAAUAUAAAUCUAUCCUUUUAGAUGGUGGUGAAAAUACUUUAGGUACUAUGAUGAGAAAUUUUGGUCAUAAUGAUAAUGCACAAUUAACUCAGAUAAUUAAAGAAUUAGAAUUCAUAUUUCUAAGUCAUUUACAUGCAGAUCAUCAUUUAGGAUUGGUAUCUGUUAUAAAUAAAUGGUUUGAUAUAAAUAAAGAUAAUUCUAAACGCCUUUAUUUGAUUGUGCCAUGGAAAUAUGAUCAUUUCAUUAAAGAAUGGUAUCAAUAUGAGGCCCAGCUUAAUCCAAAUGCUGACCUUAAACGAAUUUCGUACCUCAGUUGCGAAGAGUUUUUGCGUGAUAAACAAAGAGAGUAUAAGCAACUUGAUAUAGCUGAGUUUGAAAAGCUCUUCGAUAGGAAUAAUAUUCUGAUUCCUGCUGAGCGUGCACCAUUAGAACCAUCGAAUGUUAAGCUUAUUAAAGAAUUUUUCGAAGACUUGGGAAUUAAGAAACUUGAAACUACAAGAGCAAUACAUUGUUCAUGGGCUUAUUCUAUAAGUAUUACAUUCUCUCUUGAUGAUGGAGAUUUAUUUAAAGUAUCAUAUUCUGGAGAUACUAGACCUAAUCCUAGAUUUGUAUCAAUUGGUUCAGAAAGUGAUCUCUUAAUUCAUGAAUCUACCUUAGAUAAUGAAUUAAUUGAAGAAGCUCUUGCUAAGAAACAUUCAACUAUGAUUGAAGCAGUUAAUGUAGCUAGAUAUAUGAAUUGUCCAAAACUUCUUUUAACACAUUUCAGUUCAAGAUAUUCUAAUAAAGCUAAUUUGAUUACAAGUAGUGCUGAAUUGAUUGAAUUAUCAAAUAGUUUGAAUAAUUACUUGAAAGAAUAUGGGGUAACACCAAAUAUAUUUUCAUUAGAAAAUUCAUUCAUUAAAAGGAGAUCAUUUGAUGAUUUACAAAUUUGUUAUGCGUUUGAUUUCAUGAAUAUUCGUUAUGGAGAUUUCAAUGUUCAGCAGACAGUACAACAAACUAUUUAUGAUUUGUUUAAAGAUGGUGAGUUAACUGAAGAAAAGAUUGAGAAGGAGAAUCUGAAGAGAUUAGAAAAAAGAGAAGCAAGACGUUUAGAGAGAUUAACCGCAAAAGAGUUUAAAAAAAAGCGUAGAGUUAGUAGUGAUGAAGAUGCCGUAUCUAGUUAAAAGUAAAAAAAGUAUUCAUGUACAUAGUGUAUAUAUAAUAUAGUUGAAAAAUACAAAGACGCGAUAUAUCAU